UCACUCCACCUGUCAGGUUGUUAUCAGUCCUGUUAUCAGUCCAGCUGUCGGGCUGUUAUCAGUCCAGAUGUUGAUCUGUUAUCAGUCCUGUUAUCAGUGCAGAUGUUGGGCUGUUAUCAGUCCAGCUGUUGAGCUGUUAUCAGUCCAGAUGUUGGGCUGUUAUCAGUCCUGUUAUCAGUCCUAUUAUCAGUCCAGCUGUCUGCUGUUAUCAGUCCAGCUGUCUGGCUGUUAUCAGUCCAGAUGUUGAGCUGUUAUCAGUCCAGAUGUUGAGCUGUUAUCAGUCCAGCUAUCAGGCUGUUAUCAGUCCUGUUAUCAGUCCAGAUGUCGGGCUGUUAUCAGUCCUGUUAUCAGUCCAGAUGUUGGGCUGUUAUCAGUCCUGUUAUCAGUCCUGUUAUCAGUCCAGCUGUCUGGCUGUUAUCAGUCCUGUUACCAGUCCUGUUAUCAGUCCAGCUGUUGAGCUGUUAUCAGUCCAGAUGUGGGGCUGUUAUCAGUCCUGUUAUCAGUCCAGGUGUUGGGCUGUUAUCAGUCCAGAUGUUGGGCUGUUAUCAGUCCAGCUGUCAGGCUGUUAUCAGUGCAAAUGUGGGGCUGUUAUCAGUCCUGUUAUCAGUCCAGGUGUUGGGCUGUUAUCAGUCCAGAUGUUGGGCUGUUAUCAGUCCAGCUGUCAGGCUGUUAUCAGUGCAAAUGUGGGGCUGUUAUCAGUCCUGUUAUCAGUCCAGGUGUUGGGCUGUUAUCAGUCCUGUUAUCACUCCAGCUGUCGGGCUGUUAUCAGUCCAGAUGUUGAUCUGUUAUCAGUCCUGUUAUCAGUCCAGAUGUUGAGCUGUUAUCAGUCCUAUUAUCAGUCCAGCUGUCUGGCUGUUAUCAGUGCAGAUAUUGGGCUGUUAUCAGUCCAGAUGUUGGGCUGUUAUCACUCCACCUGUCAGGCUGUUAUCAGUCCUGUUAUCAGUCCAGCUGUCAGGCUGUUAUCAGUGCAGAUGUGGGGCUGUUAUCAGUCCUGUUAUCAGUCCAGAUGUCAGGCUGUUAUCACUGCAGCUGUUGACCUGAUAUCAGUCCUGUUAUCACUCCAGCUGUCUGCUGUUAUCAGUCCAGAUGUUGAUCUGUUAUCAGCCCAGCUGUCAGGCUGUUAUCAGUCCUGUUAUCACUCCAGCUGUCGGGCUGUUAUCAGUCCAGAUGUUGAUCUGUUAUCAGUCCUGUUAUCAGUCCAGGUGUUGGGCUGUUAUCAGUCCAGCUGUUGA